AUGGAUUCCAACCUCGACUAUUCCUGGGACUGGGACUUUGGCGUUGUUGCCGCGCCACUGGUCCUGUCACCCUCCCUCCACUCUCCCUUAUCCGUGGCUUCGCCCAGUCCCUGGUUGCGAAACGCCACAAGGAAUCACACAGUGGCCCUGGACAAGUCCAGGGUAUCCAAGCCCAAGAAGAAGCACAGCAACGACAUCUUUUCCUAUGCGUUCCAGGGUACCAAGGCCUGGGGCUCCAGCUCUCAGUCCCGUCCCCCGUUGAAACCGUUCGUAACCAUCGCUUCCAUUGACACCUUUGCCCAAUUCGAGAAACCCUCCAAGAAAAAGGGUCUGGAAAGCACGCCCCCAGAGGAAAAAACACGGAAGGUGUCCACAUCGUCAGCAACGUCUCUCCUGUCUGACGUAUCUAGUGCAUCACACGCCUCCCUCUUUUCUCAUACUUCCUCCGAAACGUUCUGCCCCAUGGCUAGUGCCGCCGAUUUGUCGUUUUCGCUAGUGGACUACGAAUUUGAAGACGGGUCUUUCUUGGAGGACGCCAGGGACGACAUUGACGACUUCGACCCCCUCAAAGGCUUUGAGGACUUCAUCUUCUACCGGUGA